CUUUGCCCAGAGUGGACCUUUUCCCAGCAAAAGGGGCGGUUCUUUCCAAUCCCCCUGGCUACGGGCCUGUGAGGACGUAUGGACGCUGUAUUCGUCAUGGGAGAACGACAGAUCUAGGACAAAAUGGCAGCUGCUGCAACACCACGAAACGAGAGAGAAAAUGAAAUUCGAAUGAGGCUACUGAUACAUCGGUCUAACGAUGUGCUUCAAGAUAUUCUCAGUACACAGUUACAAACAACUUAUACUGGCAUAUUUGAUCCUACAAAUGGCGGCAAGCUGUUUGAUGUACUUGGCGACCAAAGAGCAAACCAUACUUUGCUGCAAUUGAAAAAACGAAAUGUUUUGAAUUCCAGUCAAAUGAAGCUUCUGUACCCCUCUGGGAAUCCCUCCACAACUGUGACAUUAAAGGACUUAGAUUUAACUCUUACUGUUGUCUUGUUGAGAAACAUCACAACACUGAACCCGAAAGCCAACUGGGAGAAUCCACCAGUAACUGACACGUCCGUGGAAGCCCAGAUAGGCAGAGUGAAGAAAUUCCGCAACGAAUUCGCACAUGGGGGUGCCGGUCUCUCAGAUACAACAUUCCAGACCAAGUUUGCUGAAUUAAAAUCUCUUUUGUUGUCUCUGUCUCCACUCUACACCAGUGACGACUACGACAAGUUGCUGACUGAUCAAUUACGUGCAGCAGAAGCACCUUGUGACCUCAUUUGUCCGAAUCUUCCAAGUAGAAAUCUACAGUUGAAGGGACGCGAAGAUUUGGUGCAGAAAAUACUGGGGCAUGUUUCAGAUGACACCCAACUCAUUUUGCUGACAGGGAUGGGUGGUAUAGGUAAAACAAGUACAGCUAUUGAGGUUGGACACCACAGAAAAGAUGUCUUGUACUUUGACAUGAGAAAAGUUGUAAAUCUUGAAUCUGUCAAAUUGUCACUUGUACAUCACUACCAGCCAGCGAUUACUUUAAAUGAUAUGUACAAAGAUUAUCAAAACAAAUUCAUACAAACUAUGUCUAGUUUGAAUACAGACACUCUCUUUAUCUUUGACAAUAAUGACAGUAUUUUGCACUCACAAAAGCAAGACUUUCUGCAGUUGCUGCAAGAUCUAAUGGAUUCAUCAAAGUAUAUCACACUGUUAUGCACCAGUCGUGAAUCCUUUAGUAUUCUAACACACAGGACAGUUACUAUAGACAUUCCUCCGCUCGAUAAAAUAUCUUCACUAAAAGUUCUUUGGGGAAAAACCAACCCUUCAGAUAGUGAGUCAGAUGUUUUAGCUGAAAUAGCAGACAGUUGUGGCCAUAACCCCCUUGCAUUGAGACUGCUUGCUGCCCAGAUUAAAGUCCAAACUAUAGAAAAAGUUUCAGGGAAAAUGAAACAUAAAAAGGUCCUCAGCACUCUUCAGUUACCUAACAUUCCAGCGUCCCAAGAUAUGGUUACCUGCCUAGAUAUGUCUUAUGAAACACUGGAACCCUCACAGCAAAAGGUGUUAAGAGGAUUGCAUAUUUUCCCCGUUGCAUUUACUUCAAUUGAGGUUUCUGAAAUUUUGGAAAUAGAUGAAGAUGAAUGUGAAUCUGUCCUUGACAGUCUUACCAUUAAAUCCCUCUUGAACUCCAGUGAAAAUACCUAUGAUCUACAUCCUUUGCUAAGAGACUAUGCAGAAUCUCAUGCAAAUACAAGCAAUGAAAUCUCUCAUACACAAGAGAGAUACUGUGAUUAUUUCAUGGGUCGUCUCAAACAGUUAUACAAUGUUUACCAAAGCAGUCCUGCUGAAUUAGAAUGUUUGGCGAACAUGUCACCCCAUCUAGAUAAGACCGCCAGUUUGCUCAAAUCAAAUAUGUGCUCAUUUGAGAUACAACAGAGAAAAGAGGCAUUCAUUAAUUUGCAACUCAUCGCAGAGGUGUUCCAUAAUCUUUUUCUUAAUCAGAAAGCUUUAUCAAUUUAUCAGACAGUAGUAGAUGGAAUGCAAAAUUAUUCUGAGUACAAUCAGCUUGACGUAGAAAAGGUAAACAACAAAUUAGGUUAUGUGCUGCAAAAAAUGGGUGAGUACAAAAAGGCACUUUCUUAUCACAGAAAAAGCUGCAAUGUGAGAGAAAAGCUUCUAGGUUCCAAACACCCUGACACCGUUUCCUCAUACAACAGUUUAGGUUUAGUACUGCAAGACAUGGGUGAGUACAAAGAAGCACUCGCCUGUUACAAAAUCUGUCAGGAUGUGACAGAAGAGCCGUUAGAUCCCAAACAUCUUGAUACCGCUACCUUAUACAACAAUAUUGGUUGUGUACUGAAGUGCAUGGGUGAGUACAAAGAGGCACUUGCCUAUCACAAAAAAGCACUGAAUGUGAGGGAAGAACUUCUAGGGCCGAGACACUCUGUAACUGCUUCCUCAUACAACAACAUAGGUGAUGUGCUACGAGCCUUGGGUGAGUACAAUGAGGCACUUACCUGUCAUAAAAAAUGCCUGAAUGUGCUUGAAGAACUUUUAGGUCCCAAACACCCUGAAACUGCUUCCUCAUACAACAAUAUAGGUUUUGUACUUCAGGACAUGGGUGAGUACAAAGAAGCACUAACAUAUUUAAAAAAAUCCCUGAAAAUCUGGGAAGAGCUGUUAGGUCCCAAACAUCCUGAUACUGCUGCCUCAUACAACAAUAUUGGUGCUGUACUGCAAUGUAUGGGUGAGUAUAAAGAGGCACUUGCCUAUCACAAAAAAGCCCUGGAUGUGAGGGAAGAGCAACUGGGUUCAAAACAUCCUGAUACUGGUACCUCGUACAAUAAUGUUGGCUUUGUACUAAAAACUAUGGGUGAGUACAAAGAGGCACUUGCAUAUUACAAAAAAUCCCUAGAUGUGAGGAAGGAGCUAUUAGGUCCCAAACACCCUGAUACUACUUCUUUGCACAACAACAUUGGUUUGUUACUGCAAGGCAUGGGUGAGUACAAAAAAGCACUUGAAUAUCUCAAAAUAUGCCAGGAAACAUGGGAAGAACAGCUAGGUCCCAAACACCCCACUACUGCUACCGCAUACAACAAUGUAGGUUUUGUACUUCAAGACAUAGGUGAGUACAAAGAAGCACUAGCAUACCACAAAGUUUGCCUCAAUAUCAGAAAAGAAAUGCUAGGUUUUAAACAUCCUGAUACCGCCACCUCUUUCAACAAUAUUGGUGCUGUACUGCAAUACAUGGGUGAGUACAAAGAGGCACUUGGUUAUUACAAAAAAUCACUGGAAUUGAGGAAAGAUCUGCUGGGAACCAAACAUCCUGAUACUGCAACCUCAUACAAUAAUGUUGGCUUUAUACUAAAAUCAAUUGGGGAUUACAAUGAAGCACUCACAUAUCUGAAAAUAUGCCUAAGUGUUAGGGAAGAGCUGCUGGGUCCCAAACAUCCAGACUCUGCUACUUCAUACAGUAACGUUGGUUCCAUACUCGAAAUUAUGGGUGAGUACAAUGAGGCGCUUAUUUAUUUCAAAAAAACUCUAGAUGUAAGGAAGGAGCUUCUAGGUCCCAAACACAUUGAUACUGCUUCCUCGUACAACAAUAUAGGUUUUGUACUUCAAGCCAUGGGUGAGUAUGAAGAGGCAUUAGCUUAUUACAAAAUGUGUCAGGAUGUGAUGGAAGAUCGGUUAGGUCCCAAACAUCCUGAUACUGCUGCUUCAUACAACAAUAUUGGUAGUGUAUUGGAACACAUGGGUAAGUACAAAGAGGCAUUUGCCUUUCACAAAAAAUCACUGGAUGUGAGAGAAGCGCUUUUUGGCCCCAAAAAUCUUGAUACUGCUGCCUCAUACAACAAUAUUGGUAGUAUACUGCAGAAGAUGGGUGAGUACAAAGCUGCUUUUGCCUAUUUCAAAAUUUGCCAGGAUGUGAGGGAAGAGCUGCUAGGUCCCAUACAUCUUGAUACUGCCACAUUAUACAACAAUAUUGGUAGUUUAUUGCAACGCAUGGGUAAGUACAUAGAGGCAUAUUCCUUUCACAAGAAAUCACUGAAUGUGAGAGAAGAGCUUUUAGGUCCCAAACACCCUGAUACUGCUGCCUCAUACAAUGAUAUUGGUAGUACAUUGCAAGAUAUGGGAAAGUACAAAGAGGGAUUUGCCUUUUACAAAAAAUCACUGGAUGUGAGGGAAGAGCUUCUAGGUCCCAAACACCUUGACACUGAUGCCUCAUACAACAAUAUUGGAAGUGUACUGCAACACAUGGGUGAGUACGAAAAUGCACUCGUCUAUUUUAAGAAAAGCCUAGAUGUCAGAGAAGCGCUCUUAGGUCCCAAGCACCCGAGAACUGCUUCCUCAUAUAGCAAUAUUGGUGUUGUACUACAAGCCAUGGGUGAGUACAAAGAGGCACUUGUCUAUCACAAAAAAUGCCUGAGUGUGCGGGAAGAACUUCUAGGCCCCAAACACCGUGAAACUGCCUUAUUAUACAUCAGUAUUGGUGUUGUGUUACAAGCUAUGGGUGAAUACAAAGAAGCACUAGUUUAUCACAAAAAAUGCCUGGCAGUAAAAGAAGAACUUCUUGGUCCUAAACACCCUGUUUCUGCUUCCUCGUACCACUAUAUAGGAUCCGUACUUCAAGACAUGGGUGAGUACAAAGAGGCAGUAAAAUAUCUCAAGACAUGUGUUAACAUCAGAGAAGAACAGCUGGGUGCCAAACACCUCGAUACUGCCACCUCAUACAACAAUGUAGGUUCUGCACUGCAAUACACAGGUGAGUACAAAGAGGCACUAAAAUAUCUAAAAUUAUGCCUUAGUGUCAGGGAAGAACUGCUAGGUCCCAAACACCUUGAAACUGCUUUAUCAUACAGCAAUAUUGGAUCCGUGCUGCAUGUCAUGGGUGAGUACAAAGAGGCACUUGCUUAUCACAAAAAAUCUGUUGCUGUAAGAGAACAGCUUCCAGGUCCCAAACACCCUGAUAUUGCUUCUUCAUACGACGUUAUUGGUGUUGUUUUGAAAGCAAUGGGUGAGUAUAAAGAGGCACUUGCUUACCACAAAAAAUCUGCUGCUGUAAGAGAACAGCUUCUAGGUCCCAAACACCCUGAUACUGCUUCUUCAUACGAUGUUAUUGGUGUUGUUUUGCAAGCCAUGGGUGAAUAUAAAGAGGCACUUGCUUACCACAAAAAAUCUGUUGCUGUAAGAGAAGAGCUUCUAGGCCCCAAACACCCUGACACUGCUUCUUCAUACAACGCUAUUGGUGUUGUCCUGCAAGCCAUGGGUGAGUACAAAGAGGCACUUGCUUACCACAAAAAAUCUGUUACUGUAAGAGAAGAGCUUCUAGGCCCCAAACACCCUGAUACUGCUUCUUCAUACAGUAAUGUUGGAUUCGUGCUGCAAUACAUGGGUGAGUACGAAGAGGCACUUGCUUACCACAAAAAAUCUGUUGCUGUAAGAGAACAGCUUCUAAGCCCCAAACACCCUGAUACUGCUUCGUCAUACAGUAAUACGGGAUUCGUGCUUCAACGCAUGGGAGAGUCCAAAGAGGCACUUGCUUACCACAAAAAAUCUGUUGCGGUAAGAGAAGAGCUUCUAGGUCCCAAACACCCUGAUACUGUCUCUUCCUACAAAAAUAUUGGUCUCAUACUACAAGAAAUGGGUGAGUACAGAGAGGCACUUGCCUAUCUCAAAAAAUUACUGGAUGUGAGGGAAGAGCUGUCAGGUCCCAAACAUCUUGAUACUGCUAUUUUAUACAACAAUAUUGGUGUUGUACUACAAGCCAUAGGUGAGUACAAAGAGUCACUUGCCUAUCACAGAAAAUGCCUGAGUGUGCGGGAAGAACUUUUAGGUCCCAAACACUCUGACACUGCUUCCUCAUACAACAAUAUGGGCAGGGUACUACAGGACACGGGUGAGUAUGAAGAGGCUCUUUCCUUUUACAACAAAUGCUUAGGUGUGAGAGAAGAGGUUUUGGGCACCAAACACACUGAUACUGCUGCCUCAUAUAAUUAUGUAGGUGUUGUACUGCAAGCAAUGGGUGAUUUCAAACAGGCACUUGUCUAUCACAAAAAAUGCCUGGAAGUAAGGGAAGUGGUGCUAGGGCCAAAACAUCCUGAUAUUGCUACGUCAUAUGAUAUUAUUGCCUGUGUACUUCAAACCUUGGGUGAGUGCAAAGAGGCACUUGUCUAUCACAAAAAAUGCCUGAGUGUACGAGAAUUUGUAGGUCCCAAACACCCUGAUACUCUUUCCUCAUACAACAAUAUUGGCCUUGUACUUAAGGCCAUGGGAGAGUAUAAAGAGGCUCUUUUCUUUUACAAAAAAUGCUUGGGUGUGAGAGAAGAGUCUCUUGGUACUAAACACACUGAUACCGCUGCCUCAUAUAAUUAUAUAGGUGUUGUGCUGCAAGCAAUGGGUGAUUUCAAACAGUCACUUGUCUAUCACAAAAAAUGCCUGGAUGUAAGGGAAGACCUUCUAGGUCCUAAUAACCUCGAUACAGCUACCUCAUACAAUAAUAUCGGUUGUGUACUACAAGCCAUGGGUGAGUACCAUGAGGCACUUACAUAUUGUAGAAAAGGCCUAGAUGUAAGAGAAAAGCUUCUAAGUACAAAACACCUAGAUACUGCUUCCUCAUACAACACUUUUGGCAGUACAUUGAAAGCUAUGGGUAAGUACAAAGAGGCACUUGACUAUUACAAAAAAUGCAUGGAGAUAAGAGAACAGAUUCUAGGUCCCAAACACCCUGAUACUGCUACCUCAUACAAUAAUAUCGGUUGUGUACUACAAGCUAUGGGUGAGUACAAAGAAGCACUUUCCUAUUGCAAAAUUUGUCAGAAGGUUAAGGAAGAAGUGCUAGGUCCCAAACACCCUAGUACCGUUGCUUCAUACAACAAUAUUGGUAGCAUAUUAAAAACCAUGGGGGAGUUCAAAGAGGCAUUCAACUAUUUUAAAAAAGCCCUGGAAGUGGCAGAAGGCCUGUUCAGUCCUAUACACCCUGAUACUGCUGUCAUAUACAACAAUGUUGGUAGUGUACUGAAAAACAUGAGUGAGUACAAAGAGGCACUUGCUUAUUACAAAAAAUGCCUUGAAGUAAAUGAAGAAUUGCUUGGUCCCACACACCCUCAUACUGCCUAUACUUACAACAAUAUUGGUUGUGCUCUGGAAAAGUUGGGUGAAUACAAAGAGGCCCUUGCCUAUUAUAAAAAAUGUCUGGAAUUGACGGAAAAGUCGCUAGGUCCCAAACACCCUAAUAUUGUCACCUUUUGCAACAAUAUAUGUAGUGUACUGCGAGCCAUGGGCGAGUACGAACAAGUGGCAGUAUAUCAGAUGAAAUAUCUGGAAAUGAGUUAGGGAAGAGCUCCUAGGUCUUAAGGAUUCCAAUACUGCAACCUAUUAUAGAAUGUUAGCUGAUCAAUGCACGCUCUUGCUCAAAAUGAUGGAAAAUUCCAAAAGAUGUAUUACAAAUACGAUUUCAAUGUGUUCGAACUAAGAUACAAUGGAACUUAUAUCCAGUCCUUCAGUGUUUUUACAGUGUUCUGAGGGCUUCUUAUUUCUUUUGGUAUGCUCUAAAAAGUGGAAUUUUUGAUAUUUUAUAGUGAAAAUCAAACGUUAUGUUGAAGAGAGCAGAGAUAAGAGGAGAAUAGCAGAGUCACGCAAAGACAAUAUUCUACCAUAAAAACUUUAAUCACUGAGUGUCGGGUAAUUGUCAUAAAUCUGGUUGAUGUAAUCUGUUCUUUGGAGUACUGACUUCUCUAGUAUCUGGGUCUUGUUGGCUCAGAUUUACCCAACCCUUUACAAGAAUCCCUGCCUCACCUCAUACCUUGUAAUUGUCUAGACCUCUUUGCCCCUUACAGUUUGGUCUAGAGCACCUAAACAGUGAACUGUAGAAAAUAGCACCGUUUCUAUCAAAAUAACUUCCAUAUGUACGUCAGCAGCUAGCUUUCUCUCAGGAACUCUAGACUGGUUCAAGCUUCAUUAUGAACGGCGGCUAAAGGCGGGCAGAACCAUCGACGUGUGCAAUAGAUCCCACCUCAUGGUCUUCAGCUGCUCUCUUCCAAACUUAACAUGAAGCAUGGAGUCUGGUUUCAACACACGGAAAAGAAAUCUUGCCUCACCAGAGAACCAGACAUGCCUCCAAUGACACAUUUCACGUCAAUGGAGUUGUUGGUUCUUAGUUAGCGGCGUCUCUUUCUGUGUUGGGUCAAAACAGUUUUCCAAUAUCCUUGGCCGAUUCCAGCUUUGACUGGUCCUUUAAUUUUUUUUUUUUUUUUUUUUUUUUUUUUUUUUUUUUUGCCACUGUUCCUUAGAGAAGGCGCGAUAACCAUGUUCUCUUUUGACAACACAUCUUGUGUACUAUGCAGUCCAUCCUGUUGUAGUUUUAUGAGGACGCCCUGUGCUGCUGCCUGCUUUCACAUGGUAGCAAGUGCGAAACCUUAGGUGAUCUUCCAAAUGGUUACUUCAGCCAUUCCAAGGUGAACAGAAAGGUGUUCUUUUGUUUGCAUCAAGCACCUGCAUCUCUACCACAUACCAAGCUCUUCUUUGGUAUAUAUGGGAAGAGCCAUAGAUACUCUUCAGACCUGCUGAGAAAAAUAUGACCUGAAAAUACACGCCUAGGGGCAUAAGUGUAAAUGUGACCUUACGUUCCUUUUAGACUUGUAACACAGGGCAUAAAACCAUCCCCAUUUGAGCAUUACCAAAUAAAAUGAUUCCGCAAUCAUGUAUAUUCUUACUUAUCUUCUACACCUCGGCAGUCUUCAUCUAAUUCAUCUUCAUCUAGUCCAAAGAUAUAUAUAUCUAUCAAGUUAAUUAGUCCUAUAUCAUCCUAGAACAUCUUGUGCGUCCUUAUUUGUCCCAGAUUGGGCAAUCCUUACUACCCCAAGGGCAUCUAAAGUCCUCUAGCAAAAAAGUGUUACCUCUUAUGCAAAACGUCAAGCGAUGAAGAAAAUCUUCCACUGAUCCAAUGUUUUAUUCAACUUCUAAAAGGCUUUUUUUCAUUAAAAUUGCUCUGCGUUAAGGUUCCCGUUGACCACUGUCAGCUGGCCAAAACCACAGUAGCUGAUACAACCCAUACCAUGACUUACGCACCGUGCAGUUUUUCGAUCAGAGAAGAAAAUUCGGAAGAUAUUUCUUACCAGUUGUUCUCCAAACCCUUACGCACCCAUCACCUUUCACAACGCUCAACCUGUUUUCAUCUGAGAACAGUAUCACUUCCCAGUUGUUGGCUGUUGUACAUGCCAGAGUUCUGGCAUAACAUCUAAUUUGAUGUAGAUGUUACUGGCAGUGAUUAUGGGUUUCAUAACAGCAAGGCUGCUAAAAUAAUGGUUAUUGUGUAGGUCAUUCUGAUGAUAAACUUAUGGUUUUCUCUUUUCUUGUCAUAUGUUGCAUUCAAGAUCCUAAAUGUCAGGAAACGGUUUCUGGGAGGAAGGCAUGUUAAGGCAAAUAACUUCGACAAAACAGUUCAAGUUGCCAAAACUUUCACAAAAGCAACAUGGCUAUUCUUCGACUGGGUGCCCAUAACUAGAUUCAUUUAACAGGAUCAGUCCAUCUCCAAGAGGUUUCUUGCUAAAUUGCUUUCAGCUUAAGUGGCUUAAAUGUCUGUCAUGCCUACUAA